CAGGUGCGUGCCUCUAUAAAGACCUCUGGAGCCUGCAUCCGCCCACCGGGAGCUUCCAGCACCCUCUGUCUCAGCAGGUACAACCCAGGGGUCCAGCAAACCUCGGCUGAGGUGCCUCCGUGUUCUCUGCUACCUAACACGGGACCGCGCUUGAAUGAACUCCUCUAUUUCAGCUCUUUUGCCAUGAUCUCUGCACAGCAGCCACCGUUCCCCAACAAAAUUCAGAGAGCAAUGGACUGCCCGACUGAGGAAGAGGAAACCUGUGAAGAGCAGUACGACUCUGAAAACUGCACUUGCAGCUCCAAGUGUGCAUCAUCAACAGCAGAAUCCGAUUCAGAUUCACCAGUAAUUCUUAAAAUACUACAGAACUGGGUUCCCAGAGUUUCGCACUACUUCGACAAAGAGCACUAUACCUACGUAGGCCACCGGAUCGUCAUCCAGGAGUCCAUAGAACACUUUGGAGCUGUCGUGUGGCCAGGGGCACUGGCUUUAUCUCAAUAUCUGGAAUCAAAUCAAGAACAAUUCAACCUCAAAGACAAAAAAGUUUUGGAAAUUGGCGCUGGAACAGGCUUGGUUUCCAUUGUGGCCUGUAUCUUAGGAGCUUACGUUACAGCUACCGAUUUGCCUGAAGUUCUUGAAAAUCUCUCAUAUAAUAUUUCAAGAAAUACGCAAGACAUGAAUAUGCACAAACCUGAAGUGAGAAAACUGAUAUGGGGAGAAGGCCUCAACGAAGACUUCCCUGUAUCAACUUACCAUUAUGAUUUCUUACUGGCAACUGAUGUUGUGUACCAUCAUGCAGCUCUGGACUCCCUGCUAGCAACAAUGGCGUAUUUUUGUAAGCCAGGAACAGUAUUACUAUGGGCAAAUAAAUUCAGAUUCAGUACAGACUACGAAUUUUUGGAAAAACUUUGCGAUAUAUUUAACGUUACCAUUCUAGCAGAAUUCCCAGAAUCAAAUGUCAAGCUGCUUAAAGCCACAGUAAGAGAGAAUUAAAGAGAAAACUGUUACCAAGUUUGAUUUACUAGCAGCACCUUACAGUUUGGAAUGUUUUGCAGCAUUUACGGUGCACCUUCUGUGCAUUUAUGCUUGUAAAGUUGUGGUUGUAUCUGAGUUUUGCAUUACAAGUUAUAAAAAACCUGGCAAGACAAACGAUAUAGCAAUUUGUCUCUGGUUGAUACGUACGACCUGUUCAAACAGACCAAUUUCACCCUGAUGGAACAAUGUUAGUAGCAAUAGUUAGCAAAAAGGCUUUAACAGACAGCAUUGAUCUUCUGGGCUGCUCUGAAUUUCUGUUGUUUGUAAGGUGUUUUCUUUCAGCAAGUUUGAUUUAUGUACUCUUUCAGAAACCAAUACAAUUUUUAGCUUAAUUAUUUGUUUUUAUUAAUUAUAAAAUAAUCUUUUAAAGUA